AUGAUACUAUCUCCAAAGGUGUUGUACGGACCACGAGUUCAUGCUGGUCCAGUACACGAUUACAAAGUAGAAGAAGGCGAACGUGUAGAACUCACGUGUUCAGCAAACAGUAAUCCUGCUCCGUCACAGUUCGAAUGGUACCAUGUUGCUAGUGGUGAACGUUUUACUGGAACAAACUGGCAAUUCUUAGCCGAACGAAAGCGUAAUGGUGAUUUUCGCUGUACGGCAACAAAUUCUAUUGAAAGUGGUGCUGAUGAGUUAACACUGAAUGUUCAGUAUGGACCGGUCGUUAAAGUUAAAGAACGGAUAAAUCCGGCAGAGGGCGAUGCAAUAACAUUAGAGUGCGUAGUUGAUGCUAAUCCACCGGCUAAUUCAAUUGUUUGGUCUGGACCAAAUAAUAUUACUCAUGAAGGAUCAACCUAUAAAAUUAAUUCCAUACAAAGAACACAUUCUGGCAACUAUACAUGUACCGCAGUCAAUACGUUAACGGUUCACGCUGCGAAAUCAGGACCAGUAACACGGACGGGUCAAGCAUUUACUUUUGUUGAUGUAUUACGCCGGCCAGGAGAAGCAUUGAUAACGGCUUCCAAUACCGUAAUUGCAGUUGGUGGUGAAAUAACAUUAAGAUGUGUAGCCGUUGAUGUAGGCAGUCCGGAAGCGGAAUAUCGUUGGUUGACACCAUCCUCCUCUGGCAAGUACGAAGAACGAAAAACCCCUAUUUACACUCUUGAACAUGCUACCCUGGCUGAUAAUGGUGAUUAUCGAUGUAUGCCUUUUAAUAGGAUUGGUGAUGGAAUAGAAGGCAUUUUGACGAUACAGGUGAUUGAACCGUCGAAAAUAACUCGCCCGUUGCCAGAAACUCUCACUUUCAACAUCGGUGAAACAUCGAUUUCUUUGAGAUGUGAAGCACAAGGCUAUCCGGCUCCACAGUUUCAUUGGCUCAAAGAUGGGCAAUUAAUUAACAAAAGAGAUAGCAGUUCUCACUGGUUGAUCAGUUCGGAGCAACAUCCAAACAACUGUCCGAAAAGCGAUUUUUGCUCCAUCACGAUGGUUACGGUUUUGAAUUUCCUACAACCAUUGGCAUGGAAUGAUAAGGGUAAUUACUCGUGCAAAUCCAGCAAUGGUUUGGAGAAGUUUGUAAUUAGUUCGAUGACACUUAGCGUUAUACAUGGACCUGUGAUACUUAAUGAACGAUAUCCAAGCGAUGCUUUGGCUGCUGCUGAUGUUGGAUCAACUGCAAGGAUAAUAUGUCACGUAUCAGCACGUCCUGAACCAGAAUUUAUAUGGCUUCGAAAUGGAAGUGAGAUACGCGAUGGGCAAUCUCGAUAUGUUGUGCGUAACACUCGUCUAAAUGAUAAAAUAGACGAGUUUCAAUCAAUUCUCGAAAUCAGUGAUUCGAUGAUCUACGAUCAUGGACCAUACAUUUGUCGAACAAGCAAUGGUAAUAGACAGAAGGAGGAAUUGGUCAUCAAAUUGCAGACAAAAAGCAAGCCACAAGCUCCACGUGACCUUCAGUUGAUAUCUUCAUUGUCAACUUCACUGUUUGUUGGUUGGCGGCCAAGUUUUGAUGGUGGCGAAGAACAAAACUUCCAACUCGAAUAUCGUAAGGUGAAUCCGAUGAAAGGAAUUCCUGAUUCAACGGAACCCGUAGCGAUUUACAUUGAUAGCCGUAACGCAUCCUACCUUACUUUAUACGAAGAAAAUGAAACUAGCCGUCGGUCAAGACGAGCUUUCUCCUCCAUUACUUACAUGGUUUACAACAUCAGUUAUUUGAAUCCAUUGAGUACGUACUGGUUUAGAGUUCGUGCUCGGAAUUUAAUAGGUAACAGUGAUUGGACUCCGGUCACAACGGCAACCACAUCGGAUGUACGGGAAUGCGCAGCGAUACCUCGACCGUUGACCCUCUAUUAUAAUAGCGCUCAGCAGAAAAUUGAUUUCGAAGUAACGAAGCAGUUAAAUGACGACUUAUGCGUUUUGCUAUUAUUUGCAUCAAACAAAAAUGGACAGGACAUUGGAAGUGGAAAUGAGGAAGAAGUGAGCGCGAAUUGGCGUGCAAUGGAUUGCUUCGAUCAGACUCCCAUCUAUGAUGUACCAUCCGCCGAUUAUUUGAAAGCUCGAUUGUGCUAUAAGCUAAAUCUUGCUAAUUGUUCAGCUGCCUCAGAAAUCAUCGUCUCGUCAACUCUUCUUGCAUCCGGAUGGAUGUAUAUGGUACCGCUUGGCGCUGUGAUACUUUUCCUGUUGUUAACAUUUUGUUUCAUUAUCAUCUGCUGUCAGGUGCGGCGAACAUUUAACCCCAAAAAUAAGAAAGAGAAGAAUUUCGUCAGUACCGAAAGAAAGAAUGAUGCUAGUGCGCCAUUGUCGCAAUCAAAUACUAAAAAUACUUUAGUUCAUGGAUCUCAAACUGAUAGCGGUAUUUUCACUCUCGGUUCCACUCCUAAUACUAACAAAUCAAAUGGGCAAUUAGCUCAGAAUACACAAGGAUUUCCCAUGAGAAUUGGUACGGUUACCGAUCAAUGGAAUACUAAUGUAGAACCGUUUACAUUUAGCGAUGAUCCAUAUGUUCAAGAAUAUAACACACAAUAUCAAAUUUCUCCAUCAUUACAAGACAAUAAAUAUGAUGGUUUUAUGGAUGGAUUUCCAUCAAAUGAUCAAGAAUUAAAUGAACAUCGAAAUAGUAUAGAUGGCCCCUCGAUGAUAAUACACGAUGAUCAUGAUAGCGAUGAGACUUCCUACACAACAAAUGGUGCCAGGCGAAUCAUGCGAGAAAUCAUUGUGUAA